AUGGCCGACGAAAAGACGCCCCGGGUGAGCGACGACAAGGUCUCGGGCGAAAAGGCCGGCCAGGAUGUCGAGGCGGCCGACUCGGGGCUCAACCGAGCCUUAAAGUCCCGCCACCUCCAGUUCAUCGCCAUCGGAGGCACCAUCGGGACGGGCCUCUUCCUCGGCACCGGCAGCGCGCUGGCCAAGGCCGGCCCUGCCUCGCUGCUCAUCGCCUUCAUCUUCGUCGGCCUCGUCGUCUACUCCGUCAUGGUCGCCCUCGCCGAAAUGGCCGCCUACAUGCCCGUCGCCGGCGCCUUUACCGUCUACGCCACCCGCUUCGUCGACCCGACCGUCGGCUUCACCAUGGGCUGGAUCUACUGGUUCAGCUGGACCAUCACCUACGGCCUCGAGCUGGUGGCCGCCGGCCUCAUCCUCCAGUACUGGAACGAGACGCUAAACAUCGGCACGUCCCCCCCCCCCCGCCUGCCGUGGCCGACGGGCCGUGCUAACCGGCCGCCAGCGCUGCCCAUUGGCAUCUUCUGGGCCGUCAUCACGGGAAUCAACUUCCUGCCGAUCCGCUGGUUCGGUGAGAUCGAAAUGUGGCUGUCGACCAUCAAGAUCGUCACCAUCGUCGGCUUCAUCGUCUUCUCCAUCGCCAUCAACGCCGGCGCCGGCCGGCAGGGCUACAUCGGCUUCAAGUACUGGACCUUCCCCGGCUCCUUCGCCGAGGGCCCCUUCGCCGAGGCCGUCGACGGCGCCGCGCCCGAGCGCCUCGUCACCGGCGCCCUCGGCAGGUUCGUCGGCUUCUGGGCCGUCCUCAUCACCGCCGGCUUCAGCUACCAGGGCUCGGAGCUCGUCGGCGUCGCCGCCGGCGAUGCCGCCGACCCCGAGAAGACGAUCCCCUCGGCCAUCCGCUGGACCUUUUGGGGCAUCUUCAGCCUCUUCAUCGCCACCAUCUUCGUCCUCGGCCUCAACAUUCCCUUCGACAACCAGGAGCUCCUCAACAAGUCGACCAACGCCUCGGCCUCGCCCUUUGUCAUCGUCUGCACCCUGGCCGGCGUCCAGGUGCUGCCCCACAUCAUCAACGCCGUGCUCCUCAGCGCCGUCCUGACGGCGGCCAACUCGGACGUCUACUCGAGCAGCCGCAUCCUGCUCGCCCUCGCCGAGGAGGGCCACGCGCCGGCCAUGCUGACCAAGACGAACCGCCACGGCACGCCCUACUGGUCCGUGGCCGCCUGCGCCUCCUUCGGCCUGCUGGCCUUUCUCAACGUCUCCAAGGACGGCGAGACCGUCUUCAACUGGCUGCUCAACAUCACGGCCGUCGCCGGCUUCAUCACCUGGUCGCUCAUCAACGUCUGCCACCUGCGCUUCAUGUCGGUGCUGCGCCACAAGGCCAUCCCGAGGGCGUCGCUGCCGUACCGGGCACCCUUCCAGCCCUACCUCUCCUGGUUCGGCCUCUUCUUCAACGUCUUGAUCUUGAUGACGAGCGGCUUCACCGUCUUCAUGGACUGGGACACGUCCAACUUCUUUGCCGCCUACAUCAGCCUCUUCCUCUUCGUCUUUCUCUUCAUCGGCCACAAGCUGUUCUACCGGACGAAGCUGGUGGCCCUGGCGGAUGCCGACGUGAGCAUGGGACGUGCCUUGGCCUGA